UUGUAUUAUUUCUAGUAAUUUUCAAUAAUUAUAUAAAGAUGGACCAUGGAAAUAAUUGUGAUCACUCAAACUGCUCUCAUGCAAAUGCAUCGGUUACUCAAACUUUAUCAGAAAUGCAUUGGGAGCGGGGCUUGUGGUAUGCAGCCUUUUAUGGAGAUGAAGAGAGAGUUAGAUCUCUGAUUGCUAAGGCAGACAAUUGUAAAGGAAUAGUGAACACACCAGAUAACUCUGGAUAUACACCAUUGCACUAUGCUGCACGUAAAGGACAUGUGGAUAUUUGUAAGAUAUUACUGCAAAAUGGAGCACUGAUUGAUGCAAAAACUAAUAGCGGACAAGCUACACCCCUUCACAAAGCUGCUGCUGCAGGUAAAAUUGAAUCAAUAAAAUUCCUCAUUCACUCUGGGGCUUGUGUUGAUGAACAAGAUGCUGAUGGGCAAACCAUUCUUCAUAAAGCAGUAGAAAACAAACACUUUGAUCUAGUAAAUUUUUUGAUGGAGACAUAUCCUAAACUGAACACUGUGCGGGAUAUUAAAGGUAAAUGUCCUUCUGAUUAUAUGUCUGGCUCUAAGGAGUGACACACGAAAAAUGGCUUAGAAUAUAUUAACCAUAACACACCUGUAAACUAGAUUAUAUCUCUAGUUGAGUGUUUAUUCUGUUAUAAUAUUAGAAAUUUAGUUGCCUUAUUAAAUUUGCCUAAAUAAGAUGUUAUUAUAUGUAUAUUAGGUUUUUAAAUGUGCUAUAUUUUUUUGCUGUUAUUAAUAUUUAAAGAUAUUUAUUUUAUGUUAACAUUCCCAAUAUUUUUUACUUUUUGUUUUGUCAAAUUAAGUUGAUUAGCGAGCUUGAUAAGUAAUUGUGAUUUAAAUGAGUUAAAAGAUGUCAUUAUAGGUAUCUACUUAAAAAAGAAAGUAUUUGUCUAAUGUAGUAUUUGUAUUUAACUAUUUAAACACUAAUUAUUCUACAAUAAUUUAGUCAUUAAUCAUUCACAAGUUUGAAAAUAAGAUGUUUAUGAUAAACAAUAUAAUGAAUUUUAGGAAAAAAUAUAAUUUGAUAGUCUCUGAUCUAGAUGGCUCACUUUUUUACCAAAACUUUUAUAUAUUUCAGAAUUUGAUAAUUGUGGGUAGUUAAUUAAAACUCAUCAAUUUCGUAUGUAUGUACAUUGUAUUAACAACAGAAUAGGUAUGUUACAAUUUACUCACCCUGUGUAUAUGUAGGCUUAAAAGCAACCUAGUGUUGCCUUAUUCUAUGUAUUAUAAUUAUCAGAAUUCAUAUCAUUUAUUUUAUUACUAAUUGUAUUAAUACAUGUCUUAGUUUAGGACUAGAUUCUUACUUCAAACAAUUCACGUUAUUUGAACAAUGUCACAAUUUUUGAAAAGGAAAUGAGCUGCAGAUCAAGUAUACAUAGUGCUGUACCCACAUAAUUUCCUUGACAUAAUACUCAACACAACUAUGUUAUACUAAUAAAAAAUAAAUAUCACAACUUAAAACCAUAUACUUAGAUUGGUUUAUAAGUACAUAAAUUUGCAGCUCAUUCCCUAUAUAUUAUUGCAUGUGUUUUUAAAAAACAAGCAUUAGCUCUUACUACUAGAUGUUUUAAACAAUUGCAACUCAUUUUGAAGAUUUUAUGGACAAACAUAUUGUGUCACAUUAAGUAUAGUUAUUCUAAUCAAUAAAUAUUUUGUAUUUUACCCUAAGUACACCUUUGUACUACUGUGUAAUUUUACUAAAUAAAAAUGCAUAUAGAUAA